CGCGCGUUUUCCCGGACCCCGCGCAAGCGCGUGCCUCAGCCCUAUUGCGAAAGGGCGGGGUAGAGAACCUGCCACCGGGAAAUACCCCCAAACACCCCAAAGCUGACAAGGACUGGGCUGCAGGGUGACAAAAAGAGAAGUGUGGGGGGAGUUGAGACGGAGUCUAACAUUUCCAAGGGAAGGGGAGAGCUUCGCAGAAGGACCCCUAGAGACGGAAUGAAGGGCAAAUAAAAAACGGGUUUCUGAAGGUUAAUAACGUUCUUGGCUCAGUGAUGGACACCUUCAUAAACUGUGAACUCGGUGUUUUCGCCUUACUCCACUUGGCACAUGGAAAGCCCAAGGCUCAGAGAGGAAAACAAGUCUUAUUCAAGAUCAUACAGUUCUUUUUUCCAUUGGCAGGGAUUAGACAGAAAUCAGGCAAGGUGGAAUGUAAAAGCUAACCCGCAGACCCUAAUCUCCACCCUCCUUCUUGGCCUUUCUCCCCACCCCUUCCUUCCUCCCCACUACUUAUUUAACUUUACCCCCUGUGACUGUACCUCAGAAACCCUUGUAGCCAGAGAUGGGGACCGAGCCCACACAGCAGGUCUCCUGGGAACCCUACUCCGGGUACGAUGAGGGGGCUUACUCAGCUGAGCCGUUGCCAGAACUCUGUUACAAGGCGGAUGUGCAGGCUUUUAGUCGGGCCUUCCAACCCAGUGUCUCCCUGAUGGUGGCUGUGCUGGGUCUCGCAGGCAAUGGCCUAGUCUUGGCCACCCAUCUGGCAGCCCGACGAACUUCCCGAUCUCCCACCUCCGUUCACCUGCUCCAGUUGGCUCUGGCUGACCUCCUAUUGGCCCUGACCUUGCCCUUUGCCGCAGCAGGAGCGCUUCAGGGCUGGAAUCUAGGAAGUGCCACCUGCCGAGCCAUCUCAGGUCUCUACUCGGCCUCCUUCCACGCCGGCUUCCUCUUCCUUGCCUGUAUCAGCGCAGACCGCUACGUGGCCAUCGCUCGAGCCCUCCCAGCCGGGCAGCGGCCCUCCACGCCUGGCCGUGCGCACUUGGUCUCAGUCUUCGUGUGGCUGUUGUCGCUGCUCCUGGCCCUACCUGCCCUCCUUUUCAGCCGGGACGGGCCGCGGGAAGGGCAACGGCGCUGUCGGCUCAUCUUCCCCGAAGGCCUCACACAGACUGUGAAGGGGUCAAGUGCGGUGGCGCAGGUGGUCCUGGGCUUCGCGCUGCCUCUGGGCGUCAUGGCAGCCUGUUAUGCGCUCCUGGGCCGCACGCUUCUGGCCGCCAGGGGGCCGGAGCGGCGUCGCGCGCUACGCGUUGUGGUGGCCUUGGUGGCGGCCUUUGUGGUGCUGCAACUGCCCUACAGCCUCGCCCUGCUGAUGGAUACAGCCGACCUACUGGCAGCCCGCGAGCGGAGCUGCUCCGCCAGCAAGCGCAAGGAUUUAGCUCUGCUGGUCACCGGCGGCUUGGCGCUGGUCCGCUGCAGCCUCAAUCCGGUGCUUUAUGCUUUUUUAGGCCUGCGCUUCCGCCAGGACCUGCGGAGGCUGCUACAUAGUGGGGGAUGCAGCCCAAAGCCCAACCCCCGAGGCCGCUGCCCCCGCCGACUCCGCCUUUCUUCCUGCUCUGCUCCCACUGAGACCCACAGUAUCUCUUGGGACAACUAGGGCUACGAUUCCCGGGGGGGGGUGUGGGGGGUGGGGGGUGUUAAGGAAACGAUCCCAGGGAGGGCAGUGAGAAAGGGGAGUAAGUGGGGGAACGUUGAGAAAGACUUCAGGACCAAAAGGGAUUGCCUCUGCACUUAAUUAAAUCGAUACAAUGCAAAUGAGAUGCAACCCAACCCAACUAUUGUUACUAUUUUUGAAUCACCAACUUUGGAAACGAGUUGUAGCGAGGCCAAGGCAGUGGGUUGCACCCCAACCCCCACUCUUGAGCCUGAGUGGGAGGUGUUGGGGGAGGGGGCUGCUGAGUCGGCUAAAGCUUUGAGUGCUGACACUCCCUUCUGCCUUCACUCAGCCUCUGCCAACCGAGGUGAGGUGGGAAAGCUGCCAGGUGGGGAGGGGCGGGGUUCCUCCGGAGUCAGGGUAAGAAAGGGCUUUCUAACAACACUAGCGCUCUCCAGUAAUGGCUGCUUUAGCAAGUACCUAGCUCCCAAGCGUGUGAAGUGUGCGGGGUGGUGAUGCUGUCCCAAACUGUGUGUGCGUGGGUCCGGCCUGGAGGCAGGGGUAGGAGGCAAGAGAUUCUAGUUGGGGGUGGGAUUUUGGAUCCCCUUUAAAGUCCUGCAAUG